GCUUUGCCGUAAAAUGGACGGUGUAGGUGGGGAAAAUGUGUUGAAGGAUGCAGGAGUUGGAGACUGCUGGGCUGGAAAGUGGUUAAAUAUACCAGAGAGAGAGAGAGAAAAAAAUAACUUGUGCAUUUGAGGGGAAGGAGCGAGCUGGUCGGCAAUGAAGUCGGGUAGCAGGCGAAAGCGAUACAGUUGUUGUUGGUUGGUACAUUAUAACCCGGCUCUUGCUGAGUGAGAGAGUCUGAACGUUGUACUGGCGCAGUCGAGCCUCGGGGCUAGCGAUGUCUCCGCGAUAUCCAACCUCCAGGAGAACGGGCCAUGCACAACUUGUAUUUCAGCAGCCAGAAAUACAUUCCUCAUAAACCUAGCCCUGCCUUCUCGAACUCCCUUGAAAAAUGAAAUCGAUUUCUUAAAUCCUCAAUCGUUAAGUUGUCGGGCUGGACUUCCCUGUGGGAAUAAGGCUUCUAGCAUCAAGAUGGAUCCAUCCACCAUUGAGUGAGAAAACCGUUGCAGCUGUUGGGAUGAAAAACCGGAUGUAGAGAUGAGGCGUGAAGGCUCAGUUAGGUGCUUGAGAGUUACAAGUUAACCAGGAAGGACCUGAAGAGAGAGCUAAGAAGAGCCAGGAGGGGACAUGAGAAGCCUUUAGCAGACUCAGUUGAUUUUAUUUUCAUUUUGGCCGCGAUGGUGCUGAGCAGGACUGAAUGCGAAAGACCGUGUGUGCUCUGAAAAGCUGACUAUGUACAGUCUCCCUGGAAGGAGGUCACCUGGACAGGAUGCUGAAACCUGCUCUCGUCCCCUGUCUCAGGCCCGUGUCUACUUGGAGCAGAUCCGGAGUCGAGUGUCUCCCAGCAUCUCAGAGAGCCAUCAGGCAACCAGAAGCACAACCAGCAAAAGAGACUACCUUGUUGAUGCGGCGAAGCAGAUACGCUUAGCCUUGGACAGAGAGGUUAAUGAGGAUUAUGAGGCUGCAUUUAACUAUUACAAGAAUGGUGUGGAUCUGCUACUGAAGGGAGUGCAAGUUGAUCCAAACAAAGAGCGUCGUGAAGCUGUGAAACGAAAAACAACCCAGUAUUUGAAGCGAGCCGAGGAAAUAUUCAACUCUCACUUACAGGGGAGCUUAGGAAAUGGUACCGACGAUUCAGGGGGUUUCAGUAGCCUGAGGUUUCGGCCAAAUAGAAUCCUCAGCUCACCAGUAGAGGAUCUGAAAACAUCCAAAGUCAUAGCAAUAGUUGACAAGGUCCUGUUAGUGCAGAAUCCAUCCUCCAAGGAGCCCUUCAUAGUGAAAAGUCUACCCAAAUGUAGCCUGGUGAAUCGUGAAUGUCCGACAAUAAUACCACAGGGUGUUCCGUUUAUGGUGCAACUUCUGCAGUAUUAUGUCAGCGAUGACGCAGUCUUCCUUCACCUGGAGCACGUACCAGCAGGGAAGCUCUGGUCUCAGCUGCGUCACCUCCGUCCAUCUGUUGCAGAAAAGGGUAUGGAAUUUCCAGAAUGCUCCAGUCCACAUCACACAACCAUUAAAAUGAGAAACAGCUACACUGCUCCCUCUCUCUCAUCCAUGUGCUGUGACAAUUCCGUACUUCCACCCAAUAGCAAGAGGGAAUGGCAAAAAGAGACCAAGAAUGAAAUAAAUGGCGAAUAUGACAAUAAGUAUGGUUACAGCACUGAUGGUAUCAAUGAUCCAAAAUCAAGUACGUCACAAGGAUUUGUGAAAGACCAGGCAUCCCACCGAAUAAAUGGCACAGACCAACUAAGUACACACAAUGCAAGUGCAAAAAUCUGGCGGGGAAAUAAUGGAAUUUCAAAGGGUUGCAUAGCAUUGAAUGGCUUGCGGGGGAGUGCUGAGGGGACAAGCUUUCAAGUGGCGCAGCUGAUAUACAGCGCGGAUGUAACUUUUGACCUCACUGCCUUGCUUCCUGCAAAGGAUGCUAAGUUGACUCCAAGCAGUAAAACUGCAAAUCACACCAUGACAAUAACUGUGGACCAUUUAAUGCAAAAUGAUCUUCAGAGUGAAAAGAGUCAGCUUCUCUACGAGGAUAAGAUUUUACGGUCCCAUGAAUGUUUCUUAGAGACAAAAAGCUUCAAUGAUACAUUGAGUCCAAAGUCAUCCGAAACUAACCAAAGCCAAGCAGCUUCAGAUUUGUUAAAAGAAAAGGCUAUUUUAAUUCAAGAGGAGCCUGUGAAUGGAUCGAGUCCAAUUAGAAGUCCUGUUAGAGCCACCAGCUUGAACUUGAAGGCUAGCAGACGGCAAGGGCAAAGGGGUUCAUACCAAAUUACAGUCAAUCCUUUAGAUACUAUUGAGGAUAGUAGCAAAGUCACCGGUGUUAUGGAUAAUUCUGAGCUAGUACUUGUCAGAGCAUCAUCUGUAAUGCCUGUGAGAAAUACAGCUGUCACAGUGUUGGGAAAGGGGCUGUCUGAGCAGAAGACUUCCGUGAGUGUUCUCGGCCCUGUACAACAACCUAAUACACAUUUGAUAUCAUCUUUAAUUGAGCAACCAGUAAAGUCAUUAAAAUCGAAAGGCAUCUCGACUAAUGACAUGGAAGUGUUGAACCAUGAAGGUGAAAGUCCUAAGAUUGACCAUCUGUUUCAACUUCCAAACCAAAUUCCAGUUCCUGAAACCCAUUGUGACUGUGAGGACUGCGAUGCCAGAACUAUUUUGUGCACGGGGUGUCUUCACAAAGCUGAGAACGGAGGGUGCUGUAGCAGGAUUUCAGGCUCUUCAGCUCCUGACAAAGCAGAAGAAAGGGAGUUUGCAUCUUUUUCAACUCAACAUUCAAAAGCUGAACUGCCUGAUCCAAACCAAACCUCCUCAAGUCUGUCCGAUGAUCACGUUAGAAUCUGGGCAGCUGAGAUGGUUCUUGCUUUAGAAAGCCUCCAUCAGCAGGGAAUUAUUUGUCUGGAUCUAAAUCCAAGAAAUAUACUUGUGGAUAAUGCAGGUCACGUUUGCCUCACGUACUUUGGCCAGUGGAGCGAAGUUGAAGUUCAAUGUAGCACCAAAGCCAUAGAGGAUAUGUAUUGUGCACCAGAAGUCGGUGGGGUUGGAAGAGUAACAGAGGCCUGUGACUGGUGGAGCCUUGGAGCAUUGCUGUUUGAACUUCUAACUGGGAUGACUCUGUCUCAGUGCUACCCUUCCAGAAUCCAUUCUCACACCCAGCUCCGACUCCCGGACCAUCUCAGUCCUGCUGCAGUGUCACUUCUUCAACAGUUGUUGCAGUGGGAUUAUCGCUGCCGGCUUGGUUCUGGUGAGAAUGGAGCACAGGAGGUAAAAUCUCACUCCUUUUUCAGCACCGUGAACUGGGACAAGCUGAAUGGUUAUAGAUGAGGUGCGUCACAGGAAAUCCUCUACCUGACCUAAUGACUAACAACAAAAGCUUGGAAGGAGAACAGAGUGUACUCGGAUGAUCAGGGAAUUUGUGCACUACGCUGACUCUCGAACAAUUUCCGCAGCCAUGAUCUACAGCAGAAUGUAGCUAAGACUGGAGAUUUACCAGGCAUGUUUAAGCCAGUUACAGUAACACUAAAGCUGAUCAUGGGUUCCUCCAGCUUGCUGUGACAAUGCCCAUGUUGUCAAAGACCCAAUCAGACACUCUUCAGUGAAUUUUUAACUUUGAUCAAGUGACAUUAAUCAUUUUUGUGAUGAGAUGUACUUAGACAUGAUGGCCCUUCCUGGUUAAGGAUCCCUCUUUAUCUGGCGUCCAGCUCCUCUUCUCCCAUAAGGGAAUCCCCAUCUCUCAAUUUUUCAGUCCGAUGUCUUUGUCUUUCUCCUUGCCAUCUCUAGCAAAAACCACAUUCCACACCAAAUGAUCAGGUUUGUUACCUUGCCUGAGCCCACCAAUGCAGGCAAGGUUGGUAAUCCCAAACUGUCCUUGCCUGAAUGUCAAAAAUGUUUCAAGGUGUUUGGUGCUAAAACUAAAGUGGGGCCCAAUGAUUAAUUGGAUCAGAAACAUUCGCAACUGUUAAGCUAUGGUUCACUCUCAAUCCAGAGUUGUCCAAUUCACCCAACCUUGAUUUGAGGUUUUUUCCCCCUCAUUUGUUUUUACACAAGCGAGAAAUUCAUGGGAAAUGGAGAUGGGAUUUUCUUAACAAAUGAAAAUACAGUUGAGUGUUUUGAGAUUUCAUUUUGAUUAUUUAGUGGCUUCCACCAAAAUAAAAUCUUGUCAAGAUGUCUCUUGUUUCCCCUCCUGUCAUGGGAAAGUGUCUGACUGGCAGUGUGAGAUCAGACAUUCUAUAUUUAACAAGCAUUACUAUUUGUUAUGAAUAAAUGGGUAAAUAAUUAUGAAUCAUUGUCAUAUGACACUAGUUGAAACUCUAAACCCCUUAUAAGGACUUGGAAGGCAAUCUAAUGGUCCCCUGUACACAGGGUUUGUUUCCUUUGGCUCACCAGGAUGUGCUGAUCCUCGAUUCUCCUUCAGCACUUGCUUGCAGAAGACACAAGGUGGGUAGGUUCAUGCAUUAAAAGUUUCUGGCUUACUGGUUAAGAGCCACAGCUUGCAAAAAAUAAACUGGUCAUCUUGAGGUUCAAGAUGCUUUUAACUACAGAGUAGUAACCUCUCUCCUUCCAGAGGUCCAAUGGUUUCUGCCCCAACAUUUAUACCUGCAAGCUGUUCAGCUACCUGGGAACCAAUCACAUAGUUGGUGGCAAGUAGAAGGCUUUUGUCAUCAAUAACCAGUUGUUAGUCCAUCAACCAAUCAGCUCCUUGUUACCAGUCAAAGCUCUUUUUGUACGCACCCCUUGGCUUCAGUUCGUUUGCAAAUUAAGUUUUCACUACUGCUUGAAGUAGUUGUGUUUUUUUUUCAAAUCAACUUGUUCAGAGAUGUUAUGACACACUCCUGGAGCAGAUGAGACUUGAACCCAGGUCUUCUGGCUGAGAGGUAAGGAUAUUACCAUUACACCACAAGAGCCCAAGAUGUAGCUGUGUAAGCAGUACUUUUAGAUUACUGUCAGAUUACUUUUUAAAAAGUAUAGCAAUCUUUCAACAUUUCUUGCAUUUUACACCAGUUCUUUUCUCAUUUCAGUCCACAAUCAAAAAUACAAAGGGGGGACAAAAGUCUUUACACAGCUGCUGGUUCUGAGCCAUUACAGAAUUUAGUCUCGAACAUCCAUAAUUGUGCAAACCUGUGGUUAAGGCACUUAUUUUACUCCUUUCAGGACUCUGCUUGUUCUGCCUGGUCAACCGUUUGAACAGAUGAAGGGAAUUGUCAUUAACGAAACUUAAAUCUAAGUGACUUCCCUUUACUAGUCUUCCAAUUCCAUAUUCUGUGUCCUUUUUCAGAACAAGUGAAACCAUCAUGUAGUUCUUUUUGCUUUAAAGUACAGCCAGGACAGGAUCCGGCAAAAUGAUUGAUUAUACCUAAUUUCUGUAAUGGUCUCUCCACAAAAUUGUAACACAGGGCUGGUUAAUUCAAUGUAAAUCUGUUGCUCUGGGGUCUUGUUGGCUUCUGAAAUGGGGAAAUGAUUCAGUUAAUGCCUAGUAUGUUAAUGGUGCAUGUAUUGGUUCCAUGUUUAGUGUCACUGUAUAAAUAAUUUUCAUUGUAAAGUAUUCACAGUUCUUAUUCUGGAGCUUGGUAUCAACUGUGGAAUACUCAUGCAUGAGGAGGAGUGAACAGAGCAGCUACGCAAAUGGUAUGUGACUAUCAGACUGUCUGCCUCCCUCCAGUUGCAAGCAGACGUUAGUUGAACAUCCUGGAUCUCCCUCCUUUGCCGAUUUUCUGUUUUUAGCAGAAUGCCCAUGGUUUGGUCGUUCAUCAAAAGUUUUUAUGCUUCAAUGUUAACCAUGCAACGCACAGUACUACUAAAUUUAUUACUGCUUUCUGUUAAAAUGACAAAAGUUAAUUGUUGUUGCUGAAGGACAUUUGUAAAUGUCAUGAAUGAAUUCUUUUAUCUACAUUUUUAAAAAAAAAAUAUGCUAUUUAUCCCUCUUCAGUUGCCUUUUUACCAUUUUCUGUGAUUUUUGCGAAAUCAUCAUUGUUACAAGUGCUGAAGGAGGUUGUAUGUGGCCCAAACACACUCGUUUGAUGGUAAUGCUGGACAAGUCAGAUCACAGCAUUAAAUAUGGCUUUGUAGAUCAUGUGUUUUAAUUUUUGCAAUUGUCUAUUUGAGGUGGUUAGUCAUUAAAACAUUCGUAAGAGAUUGCA